GGCGGGGCUGAGCCACAGCAACGUUGUGCGCACGAUCGCGCACGCAUGGCGCCCGCUCACCAGCCACGUCAGCUCCAGCAUGUCUGUUUGGGACAGCGCCGGCUCCGCCCUCGGGCCGGCAACCUGCUCCGACGGCGAGACCUGGCUCCUGCUCGAGCUCUGCGACCGCGGCACCCUGCAGGACGCAAUCCUGGCCAAGUUCUUCUUGGAGGAGGCAGGCGCGGAGGCGGCGGCUGGCCGACGCAAGAUGGAGGCGAUUCUGCGCACCUGUGCUGAGGUGGCGGAUGGCAUGGCAUACCUGCAUGCGCGUGACAUCGUCCACGGCGACCUCACCGGUUCCAACGUGCUCCUCCAAAGCAGCGAGGGGUUGCCGCAUGGAGUGACGGCCAAGGUGGCGGACUUUGGGCUUUCGCGCGACAUGCUGUGCGCGUCCAAGAUUGAGACCCGCACCUGCGGCACAAUCACCCACAUGCCGCCCGAGCUCCUCUCCUCAGACGUCAUGUCCAAGGCGGCUGAUGUGUACGCUUUUGGGGUGCUCAUGUGGGAGAUCUUCAACGGCGGCCGCGCCUGGGAAGGCCUAAACCAUGCCCAGGUGAUCCACGCAGUGGCGAUCAUGCACAGCAGCCUGGAGUUCACCCCAGAGACACCGCUGGCUUACCAGCAGCUGUCGCAGCGCUGCAUGGCAGCGGACCCGGAGCUGCGCCCCAGCUUCCCCGAAAUCUGCCGCGUCCUGCAAUCUCUGCAGGCCUUUGCGGCCGCCCCCUGA